UAUCAGUUAACAUUGAACUGGGAUCAUUCCUUUUUGUCUGAAAAUCACACACUCUUUUUAUGGAAUAUCACAAGUCUCAGCUGCUGAAGCAAACUAGGAGAAUUGAUUCAGAAAGUCCAUAUCGCCUUCUUCACUGCUCAUCGAAGGGUGACAAAAAGGGUGUGGUUCAGGAGCUGGAGAAAGGAGUGGAACCCACUCUGGCAGACUACGAUAAGAGAACUGCACUUCAUUUAGCGUCUUGUGAAGGUUACAUUGAGGUGGUUGUCUUACUUCUUGAAAGAGGAGCAGAUGUGAACUCCACCGAUAGAUGGGGUCGUACUCCACUGUCAGAUGCUCGCAGCUUUGGCCAUGCAGACAUUUGUAAGAUUCUGGAGAAACAUGGUGGAAUUGAUCCGGUUGCUCUUGACUCUCAGAUGCGAGGUUAUGAAAUUGAGUACACUGAGGUUGACAUGACUGAAGCACCUCUCCUUGGAGAAGGUGCAUAUGGUGAAGUCUAUUUGGUGAAAUGGCGUGGUACAGAAGUUGCAGCAAAAACAAUUCGCUCAUCUAUUGCUUCAAAUGAGACGGUCAAGAAAACCUUUCUCAAGGAACUUGCGUUAUGGCAAAAGUUGCGCCACCCAAAUAUAGUGCAGUUCCUUGGCGUUGUAAAACAUUCUGAUCGUUUAACCUUCCUCACUGAGUAUCUCCAAAAUGGAAGUUUGUACGAUAUCCUAAGAAAGAAAGGAAGACUUGAUCCACCAACAGCAGUUGCUUAUGCUUUAGACAUUGCAAGAGGCAUGAAUUAUCUUCAUCAGCAUAAACCCCAUCCUAUAAUCCAUAGAGAUUUGACCCCAAGAAAUAUACUACAAAAUGAAGCAAGACAUCUCAAAGUCACAGACUUUGGACUAAGCAAAAUUGUGCAGGAAAAAAAUGCUCUUGGUUACAAAAUGACCGGGGAAACUGGAUCAUAUCGUUAUAUGGCUCCAGAGGUGUACCGCCGAGAAACAUAUGGGAUAAGCGUGGAUGUCUUUUCUUUUGCUCUGGUUGUUCAUGAGAUGUUCCAAGGCGGACCAUCUAGUCGAGAGGAGGCUCCAGAGGAAGUGGCAGACAAGCGGGCAUAUGAAGAUUUGCGUCCACCUCUCUCUUCAUUUGUAUACCCUGAACCAAUCCGCAGGCUUUUACGAGAUUGCUGGCACAAGAAUCCAGAUUGCAGACCGACAUUUGAAGAGAUCAUUUUGCAGCUGGAGAUCAUCCAAGAGAAUAUGCAAGGCGGGAAACCCUUGGGAAGCUGCUACAAUUGUGUCAUUUUAUGACACUGGAGCCUGGCAGUGUGCAUUGUUAAAUCUGAGCUCUGCCUUCCAUGCUGUAUUGAUGCAUUUACUUUGUGCAUUGAUGCACUCCACACCUGUAAAAAAUAUGCGAAAAACCAUAGCAUCUACCACGUUGUUGGUGGGAAAUGUGAACUCACUGGUAAUCAUCGUUACUAUUGUGACUGCUUGGCAUUGUGUUA